ACGGGCUUUCUCUUACUUGGUUUUUAUUCUUGCUGCCACUUGUUCUCCAUCAUUAAGGUUUCUCUUGAGGAGUUUCAAAAAGGCUUUUGUUCCUUCCUCUUGGCAUGAAGUGCAGUGGAGACCCUGGGAGGCAAAGCCCAUGACCUAGUGGUGUGGGAUGCCCUCCUGCCAGCCAAGGCCUUUCCCAUCCUGCCCAUAUCCCAUGAGAUGGCAUCCUUCACAUCCUGCUCCUGCUUGUAUCCCAUGAGACAGUGUUGGAACUGGUUGAAUGACCUGGAAAGUGACAUUCCCACUGGCAGGGCAAGGCAGGUUGCUGCCAGAGAGAACAGCAGAGGUGGUGGCAGAGCCCAAGCAGGUAGCACCCCAUCUUUGGGCUGCACGUGGUAAAAGGGAGGUGGUUUCAGCUUUCCACCUCUGAUAGUCAUGAGUUUAAGGAGAGAAGAAGGUGGGUCCACAACUGCAUUUGCUCUCUGGGGUUCCCAUGGCUGGAGGGCCGAGCAGACUCCCACUUGGGUGGUGCUGAGCAGUGGCUGGAGCCGUGCCUGGUCAGCAAGGUGGGAUUUUUGUGGUGCUCAGUGCUGUUCCAGCAUCCUGGGCCAGCAGGGAGCUGCAGGCUCUGCCCCCCAUGCCCUCCGUGUCCCGCAGCACGUGAGGAAGCCUCGUGAUGUCAUGCCAGGAGAGGCUGAUGUCAUUUAAUGAAGGCAGCUGGAGAAAGGGAAUGAGUUUAGACCAAAGACUGCACUUUUAUUUUAGGCCUCCUGGCCACGUGUGACAGCCAGCAAUCACCAAGGACGUCCUAGAGCAGCGUGAGCACUGCCCAGCAGCAGCUGGAGGGGCAGCUACAGUGCCUAAUGAAGUGAUUGCAGCUCAGUUUGAAGCAGAAAUCAAAGGCAUUAUUCAAUCUUGAAAUAUGGAUUGUGAAUAUCCUCUUGUGAGAAAGAAUUUAUUGAUCUGAUGUCGCAGAUUUAAGGUUGUUAUUAGUUCAUACCUUUUACCUGGAAAAUCUUUCCAGUUUGUAAAAGGUUCAUUUUGCUACAUUUUGCCCUUUAUUAUGUAGAGGGGGAAAAAAACCCCACCAAGCAUGAUCACACAGAAAAUGUGAAAAAUGAUGCUUUUAAAAGCCAUACGUGAAUACCUGCUUUGAAAAUCCUCAGUCUCUCUGCUGAAGGGGAUUAAAACAAAGCAGAAAUGGAGAGGAGGCUUCUGCCUACUCUGGACUCAUUUAAAUAUGCCGAGAGCUUCCUCCAUUUUAAUCUUCCUUAUAGAAAAAGAUGGCUGUGUUGCUGAAGCCAGGAGCAUUCUUUUUUUGUGUGGCACAGUUCAGCUGAGCCAGGCUGAUGUGGAGUGGGGACCCCCUUCAGCCAGCUAAGCAGCCAGGAGGAUUCAUAAUUCAUAAGUGCUCCCAGCCAUCCAGCCGAAUCCGUUUGGAUUAGUUCUCGUUUCUUCGUGCAAUCCCCGAUUUCAUUAUUCUCUCCUGCGAGCAAAUACACCCACGUUCAGCCCUCUGCAAAGAUGCUCUGCCAAGCUUGGCUUUGUCUGGGACCAGCGACCGCUGGGCUUUGGGGGAUCUCUGGCUUUGAGGAGUGCUGAUUUUUUUUGUCCUGGCUGGGGAAGGGGGUGUCCGGGAGCCCCGGGAGCUCUCCUGCCUGACCGGCGAUUUCUCCGGGAGCGUUUGUGGACGGUGCCGUGGAGUUUUCCAAAAUGCCUGAAGCAAACUAUUUGUUAUCUGUAUCUUGGGGUUACAUUAAGUUCAAGAGGAUGCUGAACCGGGAGCUGACACACCUCUCCGAGAUGAGCCGCUCCGGCAACCAGGUGUCCGAGUACAUUUCCAACACUUUCCUGGACAAGCAGAAUGAUGUGGAGAUUCCUUCUCCCACCCAGAAAGACAGAGAGAAGAAGAAAAAACAGCAGCUCAUGACACAGAUCAGUGGAGUGAAGAAAUUAAUGCACAGUUCAAGCUUAAAUAACACCAGCAUUUCACGUUUUGGUGUGAAAACAGAAAAGGAAGACCAUCUGGCCAAGGAACUGGAAGAUCUGAACAAGUGGGGUCUCAACAUCUUCAAUGUUGCGAGGUACUCCCACAACCGGCCGCUCACCUGCAUCAUGUAUGCGAUAUUCCAGGAGCGAGAUCUGCUGAAGACCUUCAAGAUCUCCUCAGACACUUUCGUAACGUACAUGAUGACUCUGGAAGACCAUUACCACUCGGACGUGGCUUACCACAACAGCCUCCAUGCUGCUGAUGUUGCCCAGUCUACCCAUGUUCUGCUCUCUACCCCUGCACUGGAUGCUGUCUUCACUGAUUUGGAAAUCCUUGCUGCAAUUUUUGCAGCUGCCAUUCAUGAUGUGGAUCACCCCGGGGUCUCCAAUCAAUUUCUUAUUAAUACAAAUUCUGAACUGGCCCUGAUGUACAACGACGAGUCUGUCUUGGAGAACCACCACCUUGCUGUGGGCUUCAAACUGCUUCAAGAGGAGCACUGUGACAUCUUCCAGAACCUGACCAAGAAGCAGCGUCAGACGCUCAGGAAGAUGGUGAUUGACAUGGUAUUGGCAACGGAUAUGUCCAAGCAUAUGAGCCUGUUAGCUGAUCUGAAGACUAUGGUGGAAACUAAGAAAGUGACCAGUUCAGGAGUCCUCCUUCUGGACAACUACACAGACAGAAUACAGGUUCUCCGAAAUAUGGUACAUUGCGCGGACUUGAGCAAUCCCACCAAGUCUCUGGAGCUGUACCGGCAGUGGACGGACAGGAUCAUGGAGGAGUUCUUCCAGCAGGGAGACAAGGAGAGGGAAAGGGGGAUGGAAAUCAGCCCCAUGUGCGACAAGCACACGGCGUCAGUGGAAAAAUCCCAGGUGGGAUUCAUUGACUACAUCGUCCAUCCACUCUGGGAGACGUGGGCUGACCUGGUGCAGCCCGAUGCCCAGGACAUCCUGGACACGCUGGAGGACAACAGGAACUGGUACCAGAGCAUGAUACCUCAGAGCCCCUCUCCUCCACUGGAGGAGCAGGGCAGGGACUGCCAGAACCUGAUGGAGAAGUUCCAGUUUGAACUGACGCUGGAGGAGGAGGAUUCGGACGGGCCGGAGAAGGACGGCGAGAGCAUCGGCUACUUCAGCAAUACAAAGACACUCUGCGUGGCUGCUCCAGGGGAGGAGGAUUCACAGAGGGAGGCAAACAUAGAAAUUGUGACAGAGGACACGUCUCCUGUUGACACAUAAUGUCCUGUACCCAUGUGAGUGGAUUUUAAACGCUUAACAAGCAUGCAAGCAGUCUGACGGACUGGCCUGCAGCCUGGGUCCGAGGCCUGUGUCUAACACUGGCUGCAAGAUCUUCCCAGCUACUUGAGAUUGGAGUCAGGGUUAAAGAUCGUGUAGUGAAUGAUUGCUCAGGAAAUUAACAGGUGAUUGACGUUGUGGUUUAAGCCUUGUCAGCCAAGAGCAUCGUGUUGUCCUGGAGCUGGCUUGGGUCAUGACUGAAGAGUAAAUGACACACAACUGAGAGAUUUUAUACUGUUAGUUUUGGAAUUUAUACCAGUUAGACCGAUAGAAACUACUGAUUAAUAACUCUCCAUAUAAAACCUGUCCACCUGACCACCUGUCUGCAGACCUGUGUGCCUUCUUUGUAAACACUUUCAUGUCUUUUCAAGAGUCUGUUAAUUACAUACACGGAGUUUAGGAUACAAAGCGACACAAAGUGUUUCAAAAUUGACCGAUACUUUUUUGAUUCUUCCUGUUACAAGAAGCAGUCUUCCUUUUUUUCACGGCAAUACCUGUCACUUUAUUGCAGGUAAUCACUUUUACAGACUAAAUGGAAGGGAAACCCCUCUGUUUUGCAUCCCUGCACCUCUAGUGGUCUUCUUAACACCCCAGGCGACCCGUCUGAAGUCACUUCAUGCCAUUGCGCACCAUCUCUGUUGGCUUGCUGGGCCUCAGGGUGUUGCCUCCUCGGCGGGGUUGUGGUUUUGGUGUGUGCAGGACAGAGGGGGUUUGUUUCCAUGGCACAGCACACGUGUGUCCAGCCCGCUCAGGCAGCGUGCGACGCCCCGUCCCCCUCGGCAGCUCCUUGGCUCAGUGGACGUUGCACGCUCGGGUCUUUGUGUUUCUCCUGCCCCACCGGUCACCUCUCCUAGGUUUUAGGUCCACCGUCCUCCUCCUGCACUGCCUUGAGCUCUAACACCUCCAUUACUGUUUAUAACAGUGUAUUUAUUACGUCAUGUAUAUACUGUAAUGUUUUGUAAGUUAUUAAUUUAUAUGAAUUAGCCUUGCCUGUCGGCGGCGACGCUAAUGGUGUAGAAAACUCGGAACAAGAGUUGCCUUUUUUUUGUUGUUGUUGUUUUGUUUUCUUGUAACCUUUUGUAUUGCAUAAAAUACAAGAACCUGAACAUAGCUGAAGAGACAGACGCAACCCAGGAAGGGCAUUUGGGUGGCAGCCACCCGUGGGGGGGGUGGGGGGGGGUCAUCUCCAUGGCCAACCUGGGGGGGAGGGAACCAGACCCCCGGGCAGCGGGUGAGCGGUUGGAAGUCGGAGGCUGUAAAACCUCGAGGUGUGUGGGAGGGUGAGAACCCCCCCAAAAAUAACAACCCCCCCCCCCCCCCACGAACGGGCCAGCUUAUAAAUGUCACGUUCCAAUUUCUGAACAACCCAAUGUGAAUUUCUAUGACAAAAAAAAAAUGUGAACUGAUGUAAUAAUUGUGCUGUGAAACUUCUUCUGACAAAGCUUGUCCGGCAUCGUGAGCCGUGUCAAUCUCAGUUUGUAAAAUAAUGUUUCAAGCUUUUGGUCCAACUCGUGACUAACUAGUUAAUGAAAAUAGCACAGUUGUGCAUGAUCAAUGGGUUUGUAUGUCUGUUGAACACUGCAUUGUUCCAGGUGGUUAUUUUAUUGUUUCCAAAAAGUUUCACACAAUGUAUGUUAUAGUAUUAUAUAUUGUGUUCAGAUGCAUUCUUAAGAGAUUUUUAUAUGAAGUGAAUAAAUGAAAGCAUGACCCUG